AUGAAAAAUCAAACAGUGAUUACAGAAUUUAUUCUUCUAGGAUUCGAAGAUCUCCAGCUUCUACAGAUACCCCUCUUCCUACUCUUCUUCUUCAUUUACCUUUUGACAAUGGCCGGAAAUCUACUCAUCAUUGUACUCAUCAUAAUUGAUCGACAUCUUCACAUUCCAAUGUAUUUCUUCUUGGGGAACUUAUCUUGCCUGGAGGUUUGUUCCAGUACAACCAUCCUGCCCAGGUUGCUGGCUAGUUUCCUAUCUAACAAUAAAGUCAUUUUGAUUAGGGAAUGCAUGAUACAAUAUUUUUUCUUUGGUAGCUUUGCUGGUAUAGAAUGUUAUCUUCUUUCUGUAAUGUCUUACGAUCGAUAUGUAGCAAUAUGCAAACCCCUGCAUUAUGCCACACUCAUGAACAACAGGUUCUGCAGAAACAUGGCAUUUGGAUCCUGGUUAAAUGGCUUACUUGCCAGUGCCAUUGUAGUUUCGUUAAUGUCACAACUAAUUUUCUGUGGUCCAAAUGAAAUCAACCAUUUUUUCUGUGACUCAUCUCCAGUUCUAAAACUCUCCUGCAGUGAUACACAUCCUGUUUCUAUGGCUAUAUUCCUUCUCUCUUCCAUAUUUACAUUUCCCCCUUUCAUUCUUACUUUGACUUCUUAUGUUUGCAUUAUAUUAAAAAUCUUGAGAAUCUCCUCUGUAGCAGGGAGGAAGAAGACCUUCUCUACCUGUUCUUCUCAUCUCCUUGUUGUGACUAUUUUCUAUGGGACUCUCAUGACUGUGUAUGUGCUGCCUGAAACCAAUAGCCUGAUAAAUCUGAAAAAAGUCUUCUCUGUCUUCUACACCAUUUUGACACCAUUGAUUAAUCCAUUUAUUUACAGUUUAAGGAACCAAGAAGUCAAAUUGGCCAUGAGAAGAAUUUUUUAUAAGCUUUGGACCAAAGGUUGA